GAGAGAGAGAGAGAGAGAGAGAGGUCGUCGGAGAUGAUGCGAGCAACCGGAGGUCCGCUCCUCUGCAUCGGAGAUCUGCUCGGCGACGUCGGAGAAGACGCCGCUCCCCCCGAGACUAUUCCGCCGCCGCCGCCGUCUUCGUCUCCUUCGCUCCCUGAGGUCGGCGCCAGAGCCGCUCAGCCCUCGGACCUGCCCAGGCUCUUCCAGGAAAACUAUGACAAGUUGAAUGAAGCACUUGCAAGAGGAGACCACUCAUGGACUGCCCUAACAUUAAAGUUGUGCAGUUCUCUGGAAGUGGCUAAUAAGUUGGUACAAUCAACACACGGGAAUGCCGGAUUGCUGUUAGAAAAGGUUGAAGAGCUCGAGAAAAUUAUUAAAAGGGGAGAUUCAGCUGUGGCAGCUGUGAAGGCUGUCACCAUAACUUCAGUUGGUGAUGGAAAGCCUUCUACUGGCAGUGAACAUGUCAAGUGAUCCUCUGUAUGUGGGAGCAACUUCAUAUAAUUCCUCUUCAUGAUCAGGAAGGUGAUCUUCCUUCAUUGAAAGACAGGACACUCCUGCUCACGAGUUUUCACCCGACAGUUUUCUCAUCUCUCGCGUCAGCAGAGAACCUCCGUAUCUAGGUGAUGAUUUGACGGAUUCACUCCGCAUUAAUUGAGGUGCACGGCGUGAAGAUUAGAAAACCAUGUGGUCACGGCGUUUGCAGGCGCCCCGCACGCAGAUGACUUCCGUUCCGUCUCAGUCUCCACUUCCUGAAAUUCCGAAAAUGUUUCCGAGUGCACUUAACAAUAAUUUCCUUUCAGCCUGAAAAUUGUCCAAAAAGUUUUGAAC